UUUGUUGGGUCUCGCUGAAUUUCGACAAUCGUCGUUCUGGCCGACGGUCACCUGUGGAUCGCGAACGCUCGUCGCAUCCUCGUCGUCGCACGUCUCUGUUGCCUCUCCGACUUGGCAGGUUCACGUGGCCUCCCUCCCUUAUCAUUCCAUAACUGCCCCCCACCUUCUUCUUCUUCUUCUCUCUCCCGCAGCGGCAGUUCUGGACCCGACGCAGCCUCAAAUCGUCAAACAAUCAGCUCAUCGUCGAUGCGAUCCAACAUGCCUUCUGGGUCUUACCUAGCCCCCUCUCUUCUGACAUGCCUGUGCUUGAUCAGUCUCUUCUCUCCUUCUUCAUCUUCCGAAAUCGCCUUACCUUCGGGCUCCUCCCACAAAGUGUCCUUGGGUUUGUAUUACGAGUCCCUUUGCCCUUACAGCGCCAAUUUCGUCGUCAACCACCUCGCCAAGAUCUUCGACAGCGGCCUCAUCUCCCAUGUCGAGCUUCGCCUCGUUCCGUGGGGCAAUGCCAAAACGAAAGGCAACGCCACCUUUGAUUGCCAGCAUGGACCUUCGGAGUGCUUGCUCAACACCGUGGAAGCGUGUGCGAUUGACAUCUGGCCUGAUUUGAACGAGCAUUUUCCUCUUAUCUAUUGCAUUGAGAAGUUGGUGUUUUCGCACGAUCACACCCAGUGGGAAUCCUGCUUUGAGCCUUUAGGAUUGGAUUCAAAACUCGUCUCUGAUUGUUAUGCCGGCGGACGAGGGAAGGAGCUUGAGCUGGGAUAUGCGGCUGAAACAAAUGCACUUCAGCCUCCUCAUCAGUAUGUUCCUUGGGUCGUGGUGGAUGGGAAGCCGCUUUAUGACGAUUAUGAAAACUUUAUGAGCUACAUCUGUGAGGCUUACAGUGGUACUGCCAAGCCCGAGGCAUGCAGUGAACUUUCUGUGAAUCGGGUCCAACUAAGGGAGGCGCGCAAAACUCAUCCAGUCUGUUACAUGAAGGAGAAAAUGUCAUCACCGGCAUUUAAAGCGGUGAGAUCAGCUGUGGAGUCAAUUUCGGGUUGGACCAAGAUGCUGCUUGAUGUGUAAGAGGGUUGUGGUCCUUUAUGUUUUCAAUUAAUCUCUGUGCUUGACCUUGUUCAGAAGCAAGUCCCAUGAGAAGGAUCGAAGUUCUCGAGUCGUAUCGUAGUACUUUCUGGAUCAUAGUUAUUGUCUUGAGCUGUAAAUGGCUGUGGUGUUUCACUGAUCUUGACUUUGUUUAUAUCUUUAUAUGGUCCACAUAUUUUAGAA